UACAUCAAACAUUAUGGAUAGUACUUGAAUCUAAAGUGUCAUAAGGCUGUAAUGGAGAAGACUAAGGGGGUGAAAAAUCAGUCACAGAAACCUCAGAAUGAAGACAAGAGAACGGUGGAGCUCUCGGGCCAUGUGGGCUUCGACAGUCUACCAGAUCAGCUGGUCAGCAAAUCGGUCGCUAACGGCUUUUGUUUUAACAUCCUCUGUGUCGGUGAGACCGGCAUCGGCAAGUCCACCCUGAUGAACACCCUUUUCAACACAGUGUUUGAAAACGAAGAAGCCAGCCACUACCAGAAUAAGGUUCAGCUACAGCCACAAACCUAUGACCUAGAGGAGAGCAAUGUCAACCUUAAGCUGACCAUCGUUCAUACCGUCGGCUUCGGAGACCAAAUCAACAAAGAAGACAGCUAUAAACCUGUUCUGGACUAUAUCGAUACCCAGUUUGGGAGGUAUCUUGAGGAGGAGAUGAAAAUUAAGCGUUCUCUGUUCAACUACCAUGACACAAGAAUCCACGUCUGCCUGUAUUUCAUCACUCCCACCGGUCACUCCCUGAAGUCUCUGGACCUUGUCACGAUGAAGAAGCUGGACAGCAAGGUGAACAUUAUCCCUGUCAUUGCAAAGGCAGACACAGUGUCCAAGAGUGAACUGGACAAAUUAAAGAUCAAGAUCAUGAGCGAGCUGGUCAGUAACGGGGUUCAGAUUUAUCAGUUCCCCACAGAGGACGAGGCGGUCACAGAAAUCAACGCCUCCAUGAAUACACAUCUUCCCUUCGCUGUGGUGGGAAGUGUAGAGGAAGUUCAAAUUGGAAACAAGAUGGUGAAGGCAAGACUGUACCCCUGGGGAACAGUGCAGGUGGAGAACGAAAACCACUGUGACUUUGUGAAGCUGAGAGAGAUGCUUCUGCGAGUCAACAUGGAGGAUCUCCGUGACCAAACGCACGCUCGUCAUUAUGAACUGUACCGCCGCUGCAGGCUGGAGGAGAUGGGCUUCAAGGACACAGAUUCAGACAGCCAGUCCUUCAGCCUUCAGGAAACAUACGAAGCCAAGAGGAAGGAGUUUGUUAAGGAGCUGCAACGCAAAGAGGAAAAUAUGAGGCAGAUGUUUGUCAACAAAGUGAAGGAGACGGAAGCAGAGCUGAAAGAAAAGGAAAAAGAGCUUCAUGAGAGGUUUGAGCAGCUGAAGCGGCUGCACCAGGAUGAAAAGAUGAAUCUGGAGGAGAAGAGGCGAGAGCUGGAGGAGGAGAUGAAUGCGUUCAACAGAAGAAAGAUGGCAGCUGAGACACUGAUGGGACAGGCGCUCACUGGCUGCUCACAGCAGCCGUUCAAGAAAGACAAAGACAAGAAAAACUUUUUUAGUCUUCCAUCUGCGUGCUCCCUAACCUCGGGAAGGAAUUUGAAUUAGAAGAUUUUCUACCACUGCAAAAGAUCACGGACUAACACCCAAUUGUAUUAUUUUUACUGGACGUGAUGACAGUUUUAUAGAAAAGCACUUGACCUCCCUGACGGUGCGCUAGUCUCUGUUUUUUUGUUUUUCCAACUCAUGUUAAUCUAACAGAUGCUUGUCAGCACUACUCUGUAGCAUGGCCUCUGCAUGGCUGAUAACCUUCAUCCCUAGAGGAAUGGAAAACGAACCGUUACUGCCAAAUCUUCUGUUGUUGUUCUACAUGUGCUCGUCUUUAACCUGCCGUGUUUGUAGGUUUUGAUAGGUGUCAGGUUACACUGUGAGAUAUACAGCAUAUUAGGAAAUGGUGUGGAAUUACUUCUGCAGCUCUGUAUAAACAGCCAUGUGCCCGUGACCUCCACCCACCCCUCGCUGUUUUGUGUUACCAUAAUAAGAGGCCUGAUAAAUAUACUGUAUAAUCCUUAUGAUCAUUCUCUGCUCAGGUAAUUAAUUUCAGCUCCAUAACAACAUUUACUCUCUUUAGAUCCAAACU